AUGUCAGUUGGGCCGGCAGAGACCAUUGCAACGGCGACCUCGUCGACACCUCAAUCUCCAGCUGAUGCCCCGUCACCCAAUACAGGAACACCGACAGCAUCGACGCAGCCAUAUCGCUAUCCUAACCCUGGCUUUCUCGGGAUCUCAAGCCACUCUACCAUCUUCAACCAUGUCUUCUCCGGUGAUGGUUUUGGGCCUGCUUCUGAUGCAGAUUUGACUCCACAGCCCAGUUUGGCAUCACCAAUUGAUCUAGUUGGCAACCAGGUUGUCAUGGAUAAGGCGAUGCAUGCGCUGUCACGUCUAGAGAAGAUGGACAUCUCCAAAGUCACACCUCUAGUGCGUUCUUGGCUCGAAAGGGGAGUGAACUUGCCUUUGGCCGGACCUAUCGUUAUUGAGUGCUUAGGGUCCUUGGAACAUUGGAGAGAAGUCCUCGCUCCAACAACUGAUUUUUCUGGAGAGAGUGGUGACUCCGGCUCCGGAAUCACAAGCGCUGGCUAUGUGGCAACUCUGUUGACCAACACACUGCGGCCUUUUGACAUGAGCUCUCAGUCAACUCGGCAAGACUUCCUGGCCCAGAUGGUUGGGUCCAAUUUGAGGUGGGAGACGUUGGGUAUCUUCUUUGUCGCUGCAGCCAGGGCGGCUUAUGACACUCCCUACUUUCCGCCCCUUUAUACAACAAAUGAGCAGCGGCGAAGACUGAUGCAGGCACUAACUUACAUCGGGGACUAUUGCCUGGAGACAAGCCUCUCCCUCGAUUGUCUUAAUGAUCUACAGUUGAUCCUCCAAUAUGAAAACUUCAUCGUUCAUUCACAUCUAGAUGGUGAUCAGAGCUACCAUUCAUGGAGACGAAUUGGAGAUCUUGCAAGUUCGCUCUUCGCACUAGGCUACCAUGAGAAGAUCGAGAGGUGUAAUCCGAACCUCCCUUCUUUUAUCAUUGAGCUGCGAAAGGCUUGCUUUUGUCGAAUCUACACAGCCGACAAGGGCUUAGCAGUGUUUCUUGGACGACCUCCGCGGAUAGUGAAGGACUACUGCCAAUUCCAAAUACCCAAAGUGCACAAUGGAUGGAUUGAAGACGAAGUUGGCGACGCAAAAAUGGCACAUCUUGAGCCCAUUAAUUACAACGCCGAUACACGAUGUGUUGCGCGAUUUGCGCUUCUGAAGGAAGAGGUGCUUCAACUUUUGAGGAGAAAAAAUAUGACGGAUGUCACGAAAAACAUCAGGGAGUUCCGCGGAAAGGUUGAAGCACUGUGGCAAGAUUUGCCAGGUCAUUUCAGGCUCGGUUCGAGCCUCCGAGAGUGUCAACAAAGCCCCUUUGAAAGAGACUUUUUAGCCCAUAUCAGGUUAGACUAUCUGCAUAACCUGUUCCUUCUUGGGCUCGUUUCACAGCAGCCUAUCUCCGAGCCCAACGACGAACUCUUGAAGGUUGCGAUAGAAAUGCUUUCUAUUGUGGUUGAGGUCAUUCUACUACGCGAUCAGUUGGUAAACUCCGGGACAUGCCUCAUCUGGAAAGUUGCGCAAUACGGACUCCCCGCCGCGGGAGUAAUUUCACUGGCAUUAUUGAAGGAAAAUGCUGCUUCAGAUGUUUUUUUGCACUCGAGGUCCAAGAUGAUCCAAGACCUCAGUGUCUUGGUUGCCGAGACUAGGACCGGAGCUUGGAUUCAGGCCGGCGAACCGAAUUUCGCGUUAUUUACCCGAGCAACUGGGACAAUCCAGACAAUGCUUGACUCUUUGCUCGCUGCAAGACCAUCUGCGGAACAGGUUCAAACGACAAACGUUGCUACUCUGGAAGUUUGGGAGCCUUAUUCCAAUCACCAGCUUUGGGACUUUGAGAUGGAGUUCUGGUCUAAUCUCGCAGAACACCCUACUCUGCUUGCUUGA